AUGUUGGCCUAUUCCGUGUUUAGUUUACGUUUAAGUGAAGAUGUUCCAUCUCAGAGUGACUCUGUCCAUUUAAUUAGUUUAUAUUUAACGGUAUGCAUGUGUUAUUCCCUCUUGGCCAUGACAUGGUUUGCUUUUACAAAUAAAUUACGUGAAAAAAAACGUUUACCACAUUGGAUUCGAUGGCUAGCAUUAGACUAUGUGGCGUACGUUGUAUGCGCAACAAACAUGCAUCGAAAAGCGAAACGUACAGCACCUCCAUCCACAUCACAUACACGACCUUUACCAUCUCAACAUUCGCCUCUAUUAUUACCUCAGAAGAAUAAUGUAAACGUCGCUGAAUAUUCGAAUAGUUGCUAUUUAGAAAGAGAUUUCAUACCGAAUCACCACCAGUUUCCAAAAUUAAUCAUAUUACCUAAAUCUCACACAUUUCUCUCGGAACACCACAAUGAAUUAUCAUCUUCUCAGGAUACAUCAACAAUUUUUUCCGGACGAAGACGACGAAGUUUAACAUCGGCCGACCUUCGAAAUGAAGCAACAAUUUGGAUUCGACGAGGUACUGCAAACACAACCCACGAAUUCAUUCGUCAUCAACCAAAUGGACCAUGUGAUAAUAAUACCAAUAAUCAAUCAACUAGUAGAAACAAAUCAACGUUAAAAUCAUCAGCGAAUGCUGUUGUACCUAUCUCAAAAGAUAAAGAAAGUCUAUAUGCAAUUCAUAUCUAUAAUCGCCUCGUAUUUUUAAUAUUUUUAUUGUUUACGUUUGUUUUAAAUAUUUACACAUGGUUCUUCUACUCACGUUCGUUGCCUACUAGUUUGAAUGAGAAAAAUUCAAAGUGGAUAUGUUUCGAUGAAAACAUACUGUCAGUAGUAAAUUGUACAAAUGAUAAAUGA